AUGAAUCGGGAACCGGGAAAAGUAAGGGAACGCCGCUCGAAAAGGCGGAGUGUGGGAGAGACCUGCCCGGUACACAGCGGCGUGGACCCCCAGGAAGACCAGGACCGGAGCACUGACUGCGGCGUUCGUUCUCCGUGCGCCUCCAGCCUCCCCACGCGUCGCAUGCUGGCACCCCCGCCCACCGUGCCAGCUGCAGGCCAGGCCCUCCCUGCUUCUACUAGACUCUUCAUCCUCGGUCAGCUCCGCACUGGCCACCUUAGCUGCGGAGCCCAGGGACUCCCGAGCCGCAAACGCAUUGGGGAACUUGCUCCUCGAAGGGAAGGCUGGGCCGGAAAUUGGACCCUGCUCGCAGCCCAGAGGAGCGAAAACUUGUGGAAAUCGGACCUUGCCCUCGGAGUCCUGAGUCAAGGACACGAGUCCCCAAGCGGCACGGAAAACAGGUGGCAUUCAGCAAAUACGUCAUGGCGACAACGGAUGCGGCCCUCCUCUUGGGGCGGCCACAAGGUGGAGCUACAGCGCAACCCUGCACCGCGCGCCUGGCCUCCGGACGCCCCCGAGGUGGCUGCUCUCCCGCGGGCCUCCCGCGAGUCCUUCAUUGCCGCAGGUGAUUCUCCUCCCACCUCCAGUCCACCUCCUCCCAUCUCCCCAUGAUGGCCCCUCAAGGUCGUGUCCCAUCCAACCACAGAUGGAAGGUGCUUCCUCUCCCCAGCCCCUGAGCCAAAAAGAUUAGGCUGUGACCAAAUGGAGAUUACAUUCUUUGAGUAACACAUUAAGACAAGAUACAGGAACCAACCUGCCUUGAAGAAAAGGCUGCGCACAGCAAAAAGCCACCUGUAAGCACAGAAUUACAUGGCUAGAUGGGCUCUUCAGCUUCUGGCCUCUAGGCACGAAAACAGCUAAGUUGCAAGGGUCGGGGAAGACAGUAUAUCGUGGAGUGUCGAUGGUGUCUCUAUCGUCUUACCGUUCUCCGGGAAAGACCAUUUCGUUAUCUCCUUCAGUCCCUCUUCCAAGCUAUCCCACCCCGACACACCCUGUGCCUUCUAUGCAAGAACACGUGCACAC